CAUGAUACAUAUUUUUUCAUAGCCAAGCGAUUUACUUUACAGUAUGUGUUCUGGGCAUGCAGCCAAAAGUAUGUUUAUGGUGUUGACUACAGCUAAUAAAUCGCACACUGACUGAACUCCUUUAUUAUACGUAAUUUAUGUUAGGCUGUCAGAGAUUGGCUGUUAAUCUUUCCAUAUUUCACGUUUGAACAACAGAGAGAAUUUGCAGAGAAAUGGACCACCUUCAAUCCGCGUCAUGAAUUGCUGUAUCUUAUCUUACUUUGCUCUUUAUAGACUUACCUCUGAAGCCGGGAGCUGACUUUUGUUGGACGUUUGCUUUUCUCAGAGAGUUCAACAUGUCCACCACAGUAAGGCUGUUCCUAUCUUAUCUGCUUUUCAAAGAGGUCCUUGCGCUGUCGGGAAACUUUUGGCACAUCACGGAUUUGCACUGGGAUCCCACAUACAAACUGACCGAUAAUCCUGAACUUGUGUGCGCAUCAAGCGGUGAUCGACCCGCAGCCAACGCGGGGAAGUUUGGAGACUACGCCUGUGACUCGCCAUGGCACCUUAUUAACUCCUCUAUGUAUGCUAUGAAGGAUAUUCUACCCGACCCAGACUUCAUCGUGUGGACAGGAGACGACACACCACAUGUGCCCAAUGAAGAACUGGGAGAAGAGGCAGUCCUCAAUAUCAUCAGCAACCUCACACACAUCAUAAAUCAGAUGUUUCCAGACACUAAAGUGUACUCUGCCCUGGGCAACCAUGACUACCACCCUAAAAGCCAACUUCCUGCAGGCCCAAACUACAUCUAUGAGCAAAUAGCAGAAAUGUGGCAGCACUGGUUGGAUCCUGAGUCUCGAGGAACAUUUAAAAAAGGUGGAUAUUACACAGAGAAGCUGCUGAAUCGAACGGGUUUCAGGAUGCUGGUCCUCAACACUAACCUCUUCUAUGACCAGAACAAGCUAACCACAGACAUGGAUGACCCAGCGGGACACUUUAGCUGGGCAGACCAGGUUCUCACAGAGGCCGCCAACAACAAAGAAAAGGUGUACAUCAUUGGCCACGUGCCCCCAGGUUUCUUUGAGAAGAAAAGAAGUAAGCCGUGGUUCACAGCUAAAUUCAAUAAGCUGUACUUGGAUUUAAUUCAGAAGCAUCAUUCAGUCAUCCUUGGACAGUUCUUUGGCCACCACCACACGGACAGCUUCCGAAUGUUCUACAACUCAGACGGAUCUCCUAUCAGCACAAUGUUUCUCACCCCGGGUGUCACACCGUGGAAAACAACACUUCCCGGAGUCAAGGAUGGAGCCAACAACCCUGGGAUCCGUGUCUUUGAAUAUGACACCCAAACACUCCUGGUCAAAGAUGUGGUCACAUAUUACCUGAACCUGACUCACGCUAACGCAGCCCGAGGUCGCUGGGAGAAAGAGUAUCGCCUCACAGAGAGCUUCAGAGUACCAGACGCCUCCCCACACUCAAUGCAUCAGGCUCUGGAGCACAUUGCUAAUGACCACUGCUACUUACAGAAGUACUACGAGUUCAACUCUGUCAGCUAUGACCUGACGGAGUGUGACAGUGACUGCCGGGUUGACCACGUAUGUGCAGCCAGAGAGGUAGACUUUGACAGGUAUGAACAUUGUCUAGAAAUAGAAGGAGCAGCUGCCGUUUAUGGUGGCUUGCUACCCAUCCUCUCUGUGGCUGUAAGUCUGAUGUUGGCAAAUCGCUAACGAUCAUCUGAUUAGGAAAACUGAAAUUCGAGAUCCCGAGUAUUAUGGUAGUGAAAAUAUUUGUUUUAAAUUCCUACACUUUACAGUCAUGUUUUCAUUUACAUGACAUCUAUAAUUUAAGUAAGUUGUGCUUUACAUGCUUAAGCAAGGGAAAAAAAAAACAACCUUUGGCUUAUGCAAUCUUUGGUGUGGCCUCUUUGCUGUGAUUUAUUGGUAUGAGUUGAACACUUCAUUUCCAGUCACUGGUAUUCAAUGGCUCUGGAGGAUAAAGUUCAUAAAGUUCUACAUCAAUGCUCUGAAUAAAAUCCACACUUGGGUCUGAUGUUUCUUUCCUGCCAA